AGUUGAUCUGAGCGCUUGCAGUAUCUCAUGGACAUAUGGUGCGCUACGUAAAAUGAGACUCCUCUAUUGUAAUGUAGCGGGCCGUGAAACUCAUCAGCCCGAGCCAAACCUUGUCUAAAAAUCACCCAUCGUUCAGUCUUCACCCAUUUUGGGAUGAGCGUUAUGACUUCGCAGCGGCAUACCACAGGGCAUUCGGCGACUCGUCCAACAAACGCACCUGGCCGCGGCCGCUGCACAACUAUAGCCGUCGCUUCUUUCUUUGUCAUGUUUUUAAUUUCUACCAUGAUGCGGUGUACAGGGAUCCUGUUCCUCAGCUGGCAGAAUGCAUUUGAUGCAUCCGCUGUGCAGACUGGGGGGAUUUCCAGCAUCGUAACCUCCACUGUGUUUCUUGGAUCUGCAUUGUCGGGUGUAGUUUGCAACCGGUUUGGUUACCGCUUCACUUGCAUCCUGGGCGGAUUCCUGACGUCUUUUGCCAUGUUUAUGACCCCCUGGGCAUCAAAUCUGAUCCAUAUGUACACCCUUGCAUUUUUCACAGGUCUGGGAAUAUCUCUGUGUUACAUGGCUGCAACGGUUGCUGUCGCAGACUACUUUAGGAAGUACUAUGCUCAAGUCAGCGGCAUUUGCAUGGCCGGAAGCAGCACGUUUAUGGUCGUGUCCCCGCCUCUUUUCCACCUUUUACUCGAUGCAUACGGAUGGCGGGGAACUAUGCUUGUUGCGGCCGCGAUGUGUGCGAACCUAUGUGUGGCUGGUGCACUUUACCGUUCCUUGCACGGUUCAAAGGUAGAUGAUUGCAACCCGAACAGAGAUGAAAGAUUAAGCGAGGGGCAAAACACUCAUCAGCAAGUACAAGUGCGAUCUGAUGUCCACAAAUUAAAGCGCUUGUCCUUGGUGGGUUUCUUAAAGGGUGUGUUCUCCGCAUUCAAACUGGAAUUGAUGCUGAAGAGUUAUCGCUUUUCUCUUCUCUGCUUGACGUGUGUAGAACUCCAAAUGAUCUACUCGUGCUCCGUGAUCUUCCUUGUACCCAGAGCCCAGAUCUCUGGGAUUGAUGAGCUCAAGGCGUCAUUUCUGCUCAGCAUGUUUGGGUUCGGGAGUCUGGGCGCCAGGCUGUCCAGUGGCUUCUUCGUGACCCGUAAAACACCUGUCGAGGCCCUCUGCACAUGUUCAUUUGUGCUGUGCUGCGUUGGUUUACUGUGCUCCCAAGCAGAGACCUAUGAAUCCUUUGCAGCUUCAGCGUGCAUCGUCGGUAUGUGUGUAGGAGCCACCACUGCAUGGAACAAUAUUUUACUUCGUAAAUUAGUUGGUCUACGCCAUUUGGCUUCCGGACAAGCCAUAAUGCUCCUUUUCAGUGGCGUCGGGAAUCUAAUAGGUCCCAUAGUUGCAGGUUUGGCGUAUGACAGCACAGGUGCUUUCAGCACUGUGUUCUACGUCUUGGCUGGUCUGGGUGCCGCCGCCGCCUUACAGAUGUUGCUUAUGCCCCUGCUUCGUAGAAUUGAGUCUGGUAUUGACGAGGAACGAGAAACACCCAACAACUGAGUUUCGUCCCGAGCACUGUGAAUACAAAAUACUUGGUUCUACAAUGAGGACGGUGAGCUCAAACCUGGAAACGAGCCUACGCUUUCGGGGCUUCAACAAACCACUUUAAAGUUGUUGAGUAGACAUCUAAGGUACCUAGUCAACAUGUCUGUAUUGAUACACUAGAAUCUCAUGUACUGGAUAUUCAAAUGUGUUGCUGAGUGUUGAAAACAUUUAAAGGAAAAGAAAAGAAACCAUGACGAAGUGACGUGUUGAAGCUAUAAACUGCUAAAGAUUUAUUUCGGUAGGUGAGUUAGUCGGUUGGUCCGUUGGUGGCUUGGUCGAUUUAUCACAAUGUCAGUCAAUUAGUCGGUCAGCUGGGUGGUCGGUCAGUUUGUCGAUUCGAUUAUUGUGUCGAUCAAUCUGUUUUCUGUUGGUUUGUUGUCUGUUGCAUUGAUCCAUUCAUCUAUGCAUUAAAUUAGGAUCCAUAUAAAUGUGCAUGUAGUGAGAUCCUGAGGAGCAGGCGGUUUUCAGCAAAAUUAUGUUGAGAUUCAUUAAAAGAAGUUUUAGAAUGCAAAAGGUGCAUGUUACAUUUAAUACAUUUGUUUUUUAUACAUUUGUGUUUCAAGUUAAAUAUUAUCUUAACAUAUAACGCAACCUUCAAGUAUUUCAUCUUUUGGCAAAUCGCCUAUUUGGGAGCUUCUUUGUCCAAAUGAUUGGUGCCUUUCUCCUCUCAUGGGCGAUGGCGAUGCCUGCUCUUCUCUGCUCCUCAAAGCUGUCAAGGGCCUGACGUUUAAGGGUUCGCCAUCCAGCCCGAUCAUGUGCAUGCUGUUCCAUCUCCUUGGGUGGGAGGCCCGCAUGAGUGAUAUUGGCUUUCACACAGUCUUUGUACCUCUUGCAAGGUCUUCCUCGUUUUCUCCUUCCAAGAGAGAGUUCUCCAUAGAACAGCUGCUUUGAAAUUCUGCAUUCUUCCAUUCGGGUGACAUGGCCAGUCCAGGAUAGUAGCUUCGUUGCCUGUAGUAUCUGCCUUAUCAAGGAUCUCCUGGUUUGUGACUCGAUCUUGCCACCGUACACCAAGGAUUGAUCUCAGACUGCGCAUGUGGAAGCGUUCCAGCAUUUUCAGUAGUCUUCUGUAUACAGUCCAAGUUUCACAACCAUACAGGAGGCUAGUAAGGACGAUGGCUUUGUACACCUUCAAUUUUAUAGACAACUUUAUGCUGUGUUGGUUCAGAACACGUGUUCGCAGGUGACCGAGGGCUCUGCUGCCCAUGCAGAUCCUGGUGUUGAUUUCUUUGUCAGGAGAGCCAUCAUUAGAGAUGACACUGCCCAGAUACUUGAAGCUUUCCACUGUCUUGAGCUCAAUGGAAAUUGACGGCUGGGGGGCCGCAGCUACAGCAGGUUGGUAAAGUACCUCUGUCUUACCAAGGCUGAUGGCGAGACCUAAAAGACCGGAGGCUUCUGCAAACUUGUCAAAGAUCCGCUGGAGGUCAGAUUCCUUGUGUGCCACCAGCGCGCAGUCAUCAGCAAAGGGAUGAUCCUCUUGGUUGUCUUUGUCGCGCCGAAGGUCAAAAUGUGAUCCAUCAGCCUGUACUUUAGGUACACUCCCAGCUCGAGGUCGCGGACAACAUGAUUGAGCUUACAGGUGAAGAAGAGGUUGAAGAGACGAGUCUAUGUAACUAGAGUCUUAUGCAACUCUAAGCAUGCGCAUGGCAUCGUAAAGCCUCAAUAAUAGACAUUCCCCGUUUUGUUGACUCUCGAUAGCCUACAAAUAAAAUGUAAUGUUUACACGUCAGCAUUAUUGAACGGCGUUUCAUGCUAUAUUCUGGGCAAUAGCGGAAUAGCGCAAGAGAGGGCGGUGUUCAA